AUGAAACGCGCCCGUUUCCUUGACUCCGAGGACCCACAAGAGCCGGAUGAGAGCCGUCAACACCAACCCAAGAUCUCACGGAGGAUACGUGCCUGCCAACGAUGUCAGAGCCGCAAGGUCAAGUGUGACAUUGAGCCUUCUCAGUCUAAAUGUGUAAGAUGCCUACGUUUCGGGGCGGACUGUGUAUUCAACAAAAAUCUGCAAGCAGUCCUCGCAGACAGAGAUGACUGGAAAGAGGGAGUCGAGUCCCAGCUUCAGUUGCUGCAGACAUCUCUGGCAGAUGUCCAGAGCCAACUAGCUUCACUGCGGGCAUCGCAAGGGUUGGAGUUACCGGUGGCUCGCAGCACACCUAACACAAGCCCCAAUCAGAGCCUUCCAACUCCCAAUGUAACCGCAAUGACCCGAGAGAAUUCGCCCGACAACAUGAAUGAUGGUGGGAGCGAUGCCGAGGCCAGAGAUGAUCAGGUGAUUGUCGGCGCACCUAUGGCUAGUCUCUUCAAGGUUACGAGGCUGAGAAACAUACGAAGCGAUCCCGGCUCUCACCGGCAUGGGCCGGUGACAUCCGACCGGGGCCAGCCCAUGGAUUUUAUCGACGAGGACCGAGCUUGCCUAGCUGAUGCCGAGAAGCUUUUCACAACCUUCAAGGGGACACUUAACGCAUAUUUGUGGGGAGGAGUAGUAUUGGCCCAUGAUACUCUGGCCUCUGCCCGCCAGUCGUCGCCACUAUUAGUGGCAGCGAUCCUCGCCGUGACCGCCCUUCACACACAGGAUGAGGGUCAGAGUUUUGACCGUUAUUACCCGAUACUGUUGGAGAUUGCUGGGCAAAGCCUCUUUCAAAGAUACCACAACCUCGAUGACAUCAGGGGUUUGUGCAUUGGUGCCUUUUGGCUUUCCGAUGUUAGCUGGAAAUUGUCAGGUCUUGCUGUGCGCAUUGCCACCGAGCUGAAUAUCCAUCAGUCAUGCGCAAAGGCACUCAGAGGUGAUGCAGCCCAUUUUGAGAGGGCCAGGCUCUGGUACGUCUUGUAUGUGUGUGAUCAUCACUUCAGCAUCGCCUACGGGCGACCUCCCGUGAUCAACGAAGACAUGACCAUCACAAAUCAUCAAGCGUUUCUAGACCUGCCAGGAGCUACCAAAUCCGACAUUCGACUCCAUAGCCAGGUGGGAAUAUUCAUGAUCCUCAGCCGCGUUGACUUUAGCUUUGGUCCCGAUAGAUCCAGACUUGUGGCGAACGACGAGUUUGAGUCCAUCCGGCGCUAUGGUGCGGACAUCGACCAGUGGAGGCGAAAAUGGGAACAAAGGCUAGACCCCAACCCAGACAUUGGAGAUUAUCCAGCUAAAGGAGUCACCCUCCAUUAUCACUUCUCUCGGCUGCAAUUGUUCGGUGUAAGCCUCAGAGGGCUUAGUCCCGAAUCGCACCCAAUAAUCUCUACAGAGAGGCAAGAGUUCAUUAACGUCGCAUUGAAAAGUGCUUCCUCGGCCUUGCACCUGAUCUUGGAGGACCCAGACAUCCGCAAAGCCGUAGUUGGUGUUCCACUAUACUUGCUAACUACCAUCUCGCAUGCGUCCAUCUUCUUAAUGAAGGUCCAUUCCAAGUGGAGAUUGGCCAAUUUCCAGGUUGGCUUCCAUGAAAUUGUGCAUCUUAUCGAGGCAAUAGUGGUGUUGCUCGAUGACACCAGGGGCUGUUCCAGGCAUGUCAACCAGUACAUUGCCAAUGGGCUCCGCAGCAUGCUGGAGAAGUUCCGGAGAUGGGAGACGUCGAACGAGAUACAGAUGCAGACUCCAGCCAACGACAGCAAUAUGCUUCUAGGCUGGAAUGAAUCCCGACAAGGAUGGGGCACAGAGACGGAUUGGGGAUUCGGCGGUGCCGGGCUAUCAGACCAGUUCGGGUUUGGCUCUGACUACUACCACAUGGAUCUCUUGGGAAUUCUAGGAUCCCAAAUGCCCGAGUCAUGA